GGUCCUCAGGCAAGUGACGCGGGCGGCUGGCCGGGGCGCCGACUGCGGAACCGAGAAGCUGGAGAGCGGACAUGUCGAGGGUCGCUCGCGUGCUCUUUGUGCUGCUGGCGCCGCUGCUGGUGGGAUCCACGCUUGGCUCACGCGCCUCCCAGAGGAUGUUCCAGAUCGACUACAGCCACAACCGCUUCCUCAAGGAUGGCCAGCCUUUCCGCUACAUCUCGGGAAGCAUUCACUACUUCCGCAUACCCAGCUUCUACUGGAAGGACCGGCUGCUGAAGAUGAAGAUGGCUGGGCUGAAUGCCAUCCAGACGUACGUGCCCUGGAACUUUCACGAGCCCCAGCCAGGUCAAUAUCAGUUUUCUGGAGAACACGAUGUGGAACAUUUUCUUCAGCUGGCACAUGAACUAGGACUGCUGGUUAUCCUGAGGCCUGGCCCCUACAUCUGUGCGGAGUGGGACAUGGGAGGUUUACCUGCUUGGCUAUUACAGAAAGAAUCUAUUAUUCUCCGUUCUACUGAUCCAGAUUACCUUGCAGCUGUGGGCAAGUGGUUGGGAGUCCUUCUGCCCAAACUGAAACCUCUCCUCUAUCAGAAUGGAGGCCCAAUCAUAACAGUGCAGGUAGAAAAUGAAUAUGGUGGCUACUUCACCUGUGACUAUGACUACCUGCGUUUCCUGCUUAAGAGCUUCCGCUGCCACCUGGGCAACGACGUGCUGCUCUUCACCACCGAUGGGGCCUGUAAAGAGUUCCUGAAGUGCGGGGCCCUGCAGGGGCUCUAUGCCACCGUGGACUUCGGGGCAGGUUCCAACAUCACGGCUGCUUUCCUGACCCAGAGGCAGAGUGAGCCCCAAGGACCCUUGGUCAAUUCCGAAUUCUACACCGGCUGGUUAGACCACUGGGGCCAACCUCACUCAACAGUCAAGACUGAAGUGGUAGCUUCGACCCUCUAUGAAAUACUUGCCUAUGGGGCAAGUGUGAACUUGUACAUGUUUAUAGGUGGGACCAACUUUGCCUAUUGGAAUGGAGCCAACACACCCUACCAACCUCAGCCCACCAGCUACGACUAUGAUGCCCCCCUGAGCGAGGCAGGGGACCUCACCAAGAAGUAUUUUGCUGUGCGAGACGUUAUUGGGAAGUUUGAAAAACUACCAGAAGGUCCUAUCCCUCCAUCUACACCAAAGUUUGCAUAUGGAAAAGUUGCUAUGAAAAAGUUAAAGACAGUGGAGGAAGCUCUGAAUAUUCUGUGUCCUGCUGGGCCCAUCAAAAGUCUCUAUCCUUUGACAUUUAUCAAGGUGAAACAGUAUUUUGGGUUUGUGCUCUACCGAACAACACUUCCUCAAGACUGCAGUAACCCCACGCCCCUCUCUUCACCCCUCAAUGGAGUCCACGACCGGGCCUAUGUCUCCGUGGAUGGGGUCCCCCAGGGAAUCCUUGCACGAGACACUGUUAUCACUCUGAACAUAAUGGGGAAAGCUGGAGCCACUCUGGACCUUCUGGUGGAGAACAUGGGGCGUGUGAACUAUGGCCACUAUAUCAAUGAUUUUAAGGGUCUUGUUUCUAACCUGACCCUUGGGGGUAAUAUCCUCAUGAACUGGACAGUCUUCCCGUUGGACGCUGACGAUGCAGUGCGCAGCUGCCUUGGGAGCUUGGAUGCCCGUGUUUCUGGCCACCACAACCAAGCUCCUGCCCGAAGAUCAUCUAACUACAUGCUCCCAGCCUUUUAUGUGGGGAACUUCUCUAUUCCCAGUGGGAUCCCAGACUUGCCCCAGGACACCUUUAUCCAGUUCCCUGGAUGGACGAAGGGUCAGGUGUGGAUUAACGGCUUUAACCUUGGCCGCUAUUGGCCAGCGCGGGGCCCCCAGAUGACCUUGUUUGUGCCACAGAACAUCCUGAAGACAUCGGCCCCAAACACCAUCGUAGUGCUGGAACUGGAGCAGGCGCCCUGCGGUGCUGGUGGCCCAGAGCUGUGUGCCUUGGAGUUCGUGGACAUGCCGGUCAUUGGGCAACUGACCCAGGACCGGCUCCCGCCAGACCCUGCCCGUAAAGACUCAUGACUGAACUGUGUGUGAUAGUAAAGACUGUGACGCUUGGGGUUCUAGCCUUGCACAAACCUCACCUGUCCACCUUCACUGGAAAACAGAUUUAGCUCACGCUUCCUCACCUGAGGUUUCCAUGCAGCUCUGCAGCGUGUGACCCACCGCCGGCAGGGGCCACCAUCUGGGACUGGGUGGCAGCGCAGUACUGCACAGAUCCAUCUGCGGAGUUGGAAGGGAAGCUGUAAAGGUGUCUCUGAUUUUUAUUUUGAAAGAAUCAUGCCUUUUUGUUAAAUACAUUUUAUAUUCAAACUUUUUAUUAUUAAGCAGUUAUUAAAUGAUAGGCCCUGACUGAGAUCA